CCAAAGUGUGAUGCUUGCUUAGGUAUACGAGGAGGUGGCAUGAACUCACCUCACGGAGCUACCGAAUUUUGUCGGCGAACCCUAGAUAGCUUGACGGUGAUAUCCAUGGAGUCAUGUGGAACUAGCUAGGAGUAGUUAAAAAAAAAAAUUCCUUCGUGUCGCCGCCGGUGAGGAGGUUGCAGACCGGAAGACCGAACUUGAGUUGAUUUUGAUUUUCGUUUUAAAUUGGAAAGUUCUGCGCUUUUCAGUUGGACCCUAUUAUUUCACCAAAUUACUCCACGGUCUUCGAAUUAAUUACCAAGUCGGUCUUUUGCUUAGACGGCAAGAAAAAGACGCGAUUUUUCGUCUCCGACUUGCUACUCCCGAUCUCCUCCCAUCCACCGUCUAGGGUUCGCGUUUGCUGCUGAGGCGGUGAGAUGGGGCAGCAGUCGCUGAUCUACAGCUUCGUGGCGCGCGGAACGAUAGUCCUGGCGGAGUACACGGAGUUCACCGGCAACUUCAACAGCAUCGCCUCCCAGUGCCUUCAGAAACUCCCCUCCAGCAAUAAUAAGUUCACCUACAACUGCGACGCCCAUACCUUCAAUUACCUCGUCGAGGACGGAUACACAUAUUGUGUGGUUGCCGUUGAAUCAGUAGGGAGGCAAAUUCCCAUUGCCUUUCUGGAAAGGGUGAAGGAGGACUUCAGCAAAAGAUAUGGAGGCAAAGCUGCAACUGCUGCAGCCAAUAGCCUUACCCGUGAAUUCGGGUCCAAGCUGAAAGAGCACAUGCAGUACUGCAUAGAUCACCCUGAAGAGAUUAGCAAACUCACAAAGGUGAAAGCUCAGGUUUCAGAAGUCAAAGGAGUUAUGAUGGAAAACAUUGAAAAGGUUCUUGAUCGUGGUGAGAAAAUUGAGUUGCUUGUCGAUAAGACUGAGAACCUUCGCUCCCAGGCACAGGAUUUUAGACAGCAAGGAACACAGAUCAGGAGGAAGAUGUGGCUACAGAACAUGAAGAUUAAGUUGAUUGUUUUGGGAAUCAUUAUUGCACUAAUUCUUAUCAUAAUUCUGUCUGUAUGUCAUGGCUUCAAAUGCUAAUAUAUAAUAUCAACCCUUCUAGAGCUGGUUCGAAUAGCUUUUCACAGAAGUUGACAGUUGUAGGAUUUCACAUUCGCGUCUAUGAUUAUCAUGUGUUUGUAUCUUGAACGCAAUUCCCUAGUGCUAAAUUGAACAUCUGUUUGAUGAUA